AUGGGGUGCUGGGGUCGCAACCGCGGCCGGCUGCUGUGCAUGCUGCUGCUGACCUUCAUGUUCAUGGUGCUGGAGGUGGUGGUGAGCCGCGUCACCGCGUCGCUGGCCAUGCUCUCCGACUCCUUCCACAUGCUGUCGGACGUGCUGGCGCUCGUCGUGGCGCUGGUGGCCGAGCGCUUCGCCCGCAGGACCCACGCCACGCAGAAGAACACGUUCGGCUGGAUCCGCGCCGAGGUGAUGGGCGCGCUGGUGAACGCCAUCUUCCUCACCGGCCUGUGCUUCGCCAUCCUGCUCGAGGCCGUCGAGCGCUUCAUCGAGCCGCACGAGAUGCAGCAGCCGCUGGUGGUGUUCGGCGUCGGCGUGGCCGGGCUGCUGGUCAACGUGCUGGGGCUCUGCCUCUUCCACCACCACAGCGGCCUCGGCCAGGGCGCGGGGCACGGACACUCGCACGCCGGCCACGGACACCUGGCCAAGGGCGUGCGCGGCAAGGGCGGCCGCAGUCCGCCCGCCGACGUGCACUCGGCCCCGGGCGGCCCCGCGGCCACCGACCACGAGGAGACCAACACCCUGGUGGGCAACGCCAGCAACUCCAACGGGCUCAAGGUGGACCCGGCAGAGCCAGAGAAAUCCAGAAGUGAUGACCCAGUGGAAGUACAAGUGAAUGGGAAUCUUAUCGGAGAACCUGAUCAGCGGGAAUCCGAAGAGGACCGACCCGGACAACUUAACAUGCGAGGAGUUUUUCUGCAUGUUCUCGGAGAUGCCUUGGGUUCCGUGAUUGUAGUAGUGAAUGCCUUGGUCUUUUACUUUUCUUGGAAAGGUUGUUCUGAAAAGACCUUUUGUGUGAACCCAUGUUUUCCUGAUCCCUGCAGAGCAUUUGUGGACAUGAUUAAUAGUACUCAGGUAACAUUUGAGGAGGCUGGGCCUUGCUGGGUGCUUUAUUUAGAUCCAACUCUUUGUGUUAUAAUGGUUUGUAUCCUUCUUUACACAACUUACCCAUUACUCAAGGAGUCUGCGCUUAUUCUUCUGCAAACUGUUCCUAAACAAAUUGAUAUCAGAAAUUUGGUAAAAGAACUUCGAGAUGUUGAAGGAGUUGAGGAAGUUCACGAAUUACAUGUUUGGCAACUUGCUGGAAGCAGAAUCAUUGCCACUGCCCACAUAAAAUGUGAAGACCCAACAUCAUACAUGCAGGUGGCUAAAACCAUUAAAGAUGUUUUUCACAAUCACGGAAUUCACGCUACCACCAUCCAGCCUGAAUUUGCUAGUGUAGGCUCUGAUUCAAGUGUAGCCCCAUGUGAGCUUGCCUGCCGAACUCAGUGUGCUUUGAAGCAGUGUUGUGGGACACGGCCACAAACCCAUUCUGGAAAGGAUGCAGAAAAGGCUUCAGCAGUCAGCCUUUCCUGUCUGGAACUUAGUAACAGUCUGGAGAAGAAGCCCAGGAGGACUAAGGCUGAUGGCCUCCCGGCUGUGGUGAUAGAGAUUAAAAAUGUGCCAAAUAAACAACCCGAAUCAUCUUUGUGAGUCUCGAAAAAGAUGUGAUAUUUGACUUUUGCUUUUAAACUGCAAGAGAAAAUAGACUCCAUUGAAAUUCUAGGUUUGCCAAGUAGUGUAAUUGAAGUCCUCAUCUGGUUGGUUACACAGUUGAGCUCUGUUUUGUAGGAACACAAAGCAGCUGCAUCACAAGAGUUCUGUAUCACAACUUUGACUGUUAGUGCCGAGUACAGCUAUGCCGUAACAAGUUUUGAAAGCCAGUUUUAACACUAUGUUACAUUUUUGUUUAAAGUAAUAUAAACUUUAUAUGACAUAAUGACAUUUGAUUCCCGGUGAUAAAAAUUAGGGGGAUAAAUAAAAUUAUUACUGGAAUUUUUCUGCUUUUCUUUCCCCCCAUUGUUACACUUUCUUAGAAUUAUAAUUGCUAGACUUUUAAAAUCAUCAAGUUUAUUUCCUUUGACGUUUUAGGUAAUAUUUGCUUGCCCUUUGAGAUCAUUACAUAGCAUAAUGGCAGCAUAUUUUAAAAGUGACUCAUGGUUAUUAGGAGGAAAUGAAAUUAGUUACUAGCCUGCAUUCUAUACUGCUGAAUGUUAAUCCAAUACAUAGAGAGAUAGUUCACAAAAUGAAUUACAGUUUACACUUAUUAGGGCAUGUAGGGAGUAAAAGCAGGGAAGAAAGCUUACCAAAUUAAACAUUUAGAUAAUUGUAUGUUGAUAUUAUUGUGAGAGUUUCAACCUUUUUUUUUUCUACCAAAGUUAAUCUAAAACACAGACAUGUUCACCAGCAUUACUUUCUUUGAAAGAUUCUUAUUGAGCUGAAGGUUACUUCAAAGAAUAUAUUUUUGAAGAUGUUGACUUAGUUUUAGCUUGCUAAACAAAAGCUAUUAAUGUAAUCUUUUAAAUUGUGAAUGUCUUAAAGCUUUCCUUUCAUGAUGACCAAUCAUGAAUGAAUUUAAAUAUCUCUUCAAACACAACAAUCAAUUCUUGUGUUUUGCAAAGAGACUUUGAUAGGAAAUAUCGGAUGGUUAGUACAAUUUGGCUACUAAAGUUUUAGGAAGCAAAAUUUAAGAAUUAAGGAAAAAUCCAUCCUGUAAAUCAUUGGGUCUUGACAUUGGUCAGUUCUUCCACCUGUGGCUUAUUUUCCAAGAGGUCAUGGUGUCCACCCAGGAAGCCAGCCGUUACUGCUCUGCUCCAGAGUUCAAAUCUAACACAAAUAUCUGAGGGCAUUUUAAGUUAUAUUUUUCUUGAUAGAGAAGGGUUAUGCUUUGUGAAAAGAUGUAGAUUUUUGUCCUCAAGAGUGACUUAAUAUCAGUUAUCAUGUAUAGCUCUAUUUUUCUAGGAACAAAGUAUUCUGACUACUACUUCAUUAACUUUUAUAGCUGACUACUUUUGGGAUUUGAAAUAAUUCAUUGCUUAAUAAUCUUAAUGAAAUUGUUGGGAUAUUACAGUUACUUUUUGAAGGGAUGCUUUUUUGUGGUAGAUGGUGUGUUUUCUCCCUAGUAUAAGCCUGUUGCUGGCAAUAGGUCUAUUUAAGAACAGCUGAUUUUUGUGAUGAGAAAGAUAAUUUUAGGAACAUGGCUUGUAAGCUCAUUUAUUAUGAUGGGCUAAAUCUGUAACCUGCCAAUUUGCAGUACAUCUUGGUCGUUUAAUAAUUCUUGUCUAAUUUGUAAUUCAGCUCCUUAACUGGUGAUAAUUUUAGAUAUUGCAAAAAGGUUUGAGUUUUUGUUUUGUUUUUAAACAUGAAAUUGAGGGAUCUUCCUGGCUAAACAAGAGAAAAAGCUACAGUUGUCCUGUAUCAUGUACAUUCCUAACUUAACACCUUACCAAGCAUUUUAUUAAGAUCUUGAAACAUUGUUAUAAACAUUUCAGCAGUGAUACCAUAGGAUAACUGUAAAAUACAUUCAAUGAACUUUUCUUUAGAAAUGCUCUGAGAAUCUGUAUCAUACAGGUAGUGUAACACUUAUGUAUAAGACAUUGCCUGAAUGAGGGUCUUCAAAAGUGGUAUAUAAGCAUGGGACAAGGGCUAUGUUUUAUUUUUCAGAAGUGCUUUGGUUUUAGUUAUUUCGCUUUUCAUAAUUUUAAAGUAACUUCUAUGUAAAAAACUGGUACCAUUGAAUUUUCUUUCUUCAAAGGACUUUGUAAUAGCAGAAUCAAUGGGCACUGACUACCUUUUGAGUGUUAGCAGAGAAUUAUUUAUUUCUUUACAAUGCACUUUCUAACCCAUUUUUAGCUAUAUUAGCAUUACAUUUAAGAAAAAAAAGAAACAUGCUUUUAUAUUUAAGUGUUGUGGGAUUUAAGUGUCUUUUCUAAAAUAGACUGUUUCAUAAAAGAAACGAAGGGAAUAUCUUGAAUUCUUAGAGACAAACCCAUUGUUUGAGUAUGCUGUUCUGUAACACUGCAUUAGUUUAAGACUUGCAUCUCUCCUGUGGCUCUUUUAUAUCUGAGCACCAUCAGUGUAGCAUACAUAUUGAGAAGCCUAUUUUUCUGAGGUUGAGUGAGGAGGGGCUGCACGUACUUGAAGCAAAAUCAACCAGAUUUUUUUUUUUCCAAGCCACAUUUAGCCUUAGAAUGAGAGAUUUCAUUCUCUGUUGUCAACUUGUACCUUAUAGGAUUUUUUGUUUUGGUUUUAUUUUCUUUUCUGGAGGGUAUAUGCAUUGUGAAAGUAUGAACUAGUACAUUUAAAAAGGCUUUAUUUAUUUUUACACUUUUUAGAAAAAAAAUGCUAAAUAACUUUUAUCCUAAGGUGUGCAAUUUGAAUGGGAAAAAUUUUCUAUCAACUGCACCUUGGAAAAAUCACAUAGGUAGGAGGCUAUGUUAACAUGUUUGUGUCUUGUUAGCAAUUUGCUAUUUUGCAUUUUUGAAAGACCCAUGGAACCUAAUGUGAAGUGUUUGGUAGGUUAACUGGUAUUAAGUAUUUGUACUGUUUUAUAAGCAGAUAUCAUUUGAAUAACAAAUGUCAUUAACCUGCUGUCUUAAGAUGUUCACACACACAAAUAUGGGGAGUAAUCCUACAAGAUAAACAUUAUUUAUUUUAGUGCUGAGUUUCAGGUAAGUGAUUAAACAGUGUUAAGUCCUGGGAAGGCGGAAGGCUCGCUUGUCUUUUUCAUCGGGACUGUGUCGAGCAGUGCUUCAGCGUCUCUGCAGGGGCGGGGAUCAUAAAAGCACGAUUUUGAUGCAGCUCUGCCCACAUCUGGUGAUGCUGCUGUUGUGUUUUACUAACAAGCUCUGGAGUACCUAGCAGUCAUUUUCACUGGCACAAGAGCCUUUUGUAUAUUAGUUUAAACUUUUAAACCAAAAAUUUUAUGGUUCAGUGUCUGACCAAAAGAUACUGAAGAGAAUGUAACAUAGAAUUAAUAAGUAGUUAUAUAUAAAACGACGCAAAUUGCCAUGUUAUGGAUCUGCCUUGAAACAGCACAAUGAAGUGUAUCAUUGUAUCCUGUGAUUCUUUAUAAAACUUCCGGUGUGUUGCGUGUCUGUGUCGCCUGUCUGUCGGGCCAGACCUAGCCCAGCUUGACGCAGCUGUCCCUCAUCUCAUUGAGUGCAGGUGCAGACACCGUCUUCAGUGCUGCCACGUUUAACCCAGCGUUCUGUACGUUCAUGACUGUGUGUUAUUUUCCAAAGCUGUUCCUACCUCACCGUGAGGCUUUAUGGAUUGUUAUGUAUUAUAGAUAUUCUAUGAGACAGACUACUGUGUUUCUUCUCAUUUAUUAAAAGUAGAAAAUAAACUAAUUUUAAUAUCUA